AUGGAUAUCACUCGGUCAGGAAGGAAACGGAAGGGCUCUCUCUCAAGUUCAAGAACCCAAUCACCAGUCUCAGGCCGGACCAGACAGAGCUUGGCAGCGGUGCCAGAAGAUGCCAGCCUCAAUCAACAGCAAAGAACAGUAUCUGUUACACCCAAGAAGUCAAGAAAGAGAGUGCGGUUUUCCGACCCAGGCCCUCGGCUAUUGCAUGAUGAAGAUACUGGCUCGACCGGCUUAACUCCAGCGAUGCGUCGAACAUCGUUCGAGACAGGAUCUGGGGAUUGCACACCUAGCCGCAAAUCCCGACGAAGGUCUGCCCCAACACCACGCUUCCAGCAGUCAUACGACCCGGAGGAGCCGUUUGGUGAAACAUGCACCGAGCGAAGGAUCCAAUUUACUCCGCUGCGCCAAAUCUUGGACACACGAACCCAGAGAAGAAUUAGGCGAAUCGGCCUGAGUGAUGAAAUCAAUCACAUUGAGCGCGAAAAGCGCGAGACGCGCAAAAUGGAAAAGACCUUGCGAGCUUUGCUUCAAGAGCGAGAUUCCCUGAAAGAUGAACUCAGGGCCGUGAGACGAGGUGGAAUAGGCUUUGAGGACCAGAAUUCGGUGGCGGAGUCACAUUGGAUGACACCAGACACACCCAGAUCUUGCGAGGAAGUUUCAGUGGUUUCGAAUCGCAGUCUGGAUGACGCGGCUCCAUUUUCGAACAGUGAAGGGGAGACGUUCAUGUUCAGUGACAGUGCUGUCAUUAUGUCCAGCUCCCCUGAUUUCCGUGGUAUUCGGAGUUAUAGUCCACCCGUCACUGAUAGCUUGAUGUUAUCCGGCAAACACCAAACACCCAUUCGCGCCACCCAAACGCAGAAAUCAAUCAAUACAAAGGCAUUUGGCAUUCACUCCCUGGCUCUUGAUCUUGAAGCUGCCAGGCAAGAAAAGAAAGACUUAUUCGAGGCAUGUCGAUCACGAAUCUCAGGUUUCAAUGACCCUACGAUCAGUAGCCUUUUCCGCCAGUCAUCUCCACCGUCGGAUUUCUUCGAGAAUAUCAUGAAGAUCUUGGAAAAUGCUCUGUCUCGUGCAUCUGAUGCUGCCGAGGCUCUUGAAGGAGUCACCCGAGAAUGCUCCGGCUUAGGAUUCUCCGGGGACGGCGUGGACGAUGUCAUAUCCGACAUGCGGAACCACUUCCGCUCAGCUCGUCUCGAGCUUGAGCGCACGCUGCCUGGUGAAACCGCCAACGUCAGUCUUGAGGACGGCAAGGCAACUCUAAGUGCGCUGGUGAGACGCGUUGAGUCACUGGCACAAGAUCUGGGAGCCGAGCGCCAUUAUCAUAACGGCUCCCUUGGUCGGGAAAAGGCUCUCCGAGGACAAUUUGACGCUUUACUACACCAAUAUGAGACAGCCGCAAGCAAAAUUGACAGUCUCGAGAAUUCAAUCGCAUCUUCCGCGAGCGAUAUGCUCCACACGCGGAUGCGAAUGCAAGACCUCGAGCGUGAAGGCCAGGACAAGGCCGUUGGGAUUGACAGAUUAACUACAGCCCUCGAUAAGUAUCAUGAUGAAGCGAAGGGCCUCGAAAGCCUUAUCGACAAUCUCGAAAAGGAGAACACAGCUACAAAGGAGGACUACACCCGGCAGAUAUCUAAGCUCAAGAGACAAGUAGCUCAUGAACGCUCAAAACGCUGUUCGGCUGAGGCUACCGUUUCUGAGUCCGAGUCCCGCAUUAGAGAAUUGGAGGAAACAGUCGAACACAAUAGAAUUCGGGCUUGCGACUUGAUGGCUCAGGUGAAGCUCCUUGAAAAGGAAUAUCAAACAGCCAUCGAGAGCCUCGAGCAAAACGCCAGUGAACUUCAAACGCACGAAGCAGAGACUGGGACUCUCAAUGUUCGCAUCUCAGACCUCACCACAUCAUUGCAUGGGGCAAAAUGUGAAAUGCAGCGUCUUCAAAAUGUCAACGCCGGCCUUGAAGAACAGCUUCAGCUAGAAGUCGAAGCUCGAAAUGAGCUUUUGGAUAAGUGGGCCGCAGAUCAAGUGCGAUCAUUCGCCCACAUGAAGGAGACUAUCAACUCAGAACGUCGCAGAGCUAAGGUUCGUGCGGCUAAUUGGGAGUUGAAAUCGGACGAUCUCAUGUCAGAUGGAACAACAACUGGCGGUGGGAGCGAACCGAUUACCCCUGUUAGCGUCCGAUCUGUUGAUGUCGAAGUCGGUCGUGGCAAGGACCGGCGACGUAUGGAUAGUGUCGAGAUUUUGGCCGAGGGACUGGAGAAUGAUAUUCCAAAUGUCGGCAGCGGUAUCGGAUCCGAUAUCUAUCUUCGCGCGUUGGAUUUGCCUUAG